GGAUUCUCUUCUCUCCAUGUGGAAAAGAGGCAGGCCUGCAGUUAUUAAGCAAGGUUUCCAGUUUCAGACCAUUUCUCAGGGUUGCUGCCAUCUGCCCGCUGCCAGAAUUACAUCUGUCAAAUUCGGGCUGUCUGCUUGUGCAGGUCUCAGCGUGAGGCUGGCAGCCAACGCUGUCUCCGGCAGGCUCUCCGGAUGAGCCGUGAAUAAAAACACCAUGGACAGGACACUCCGGCUGUGUCUGUUUGUUGCCGUUUGCUCCUACCUUAAAGGCGGCGGCUGUUCCGAAGCCGAGCACCGGCUGUACGAAGAACUGUUUGCAAACUACAAUAACAUUAUCAGGCCCGUGGAGAACGUGUCCGACCCGGUCUUCAUUUGGUUCGAGGUGUCCCUGUCUCAGCUGGUAAAGGUGGAUGAAGUGAACCAGAUUAUGGAGACCAACCUAUGGCUGAGACAUAUGUGGAACGAUUACAAGCUUAAAUGGAACCCAGAAGACUACGGAGGCGUCCAGUUUAUUCGAGUGCCCUCGCAAAAGAUUUGGAAGCCAGAUAUCGUGUUAUAUAACAACGCCGUCGGGGACUUCCAGGCGGACGACAAAACCAAGGCCAUCUUGAAUUACACUGGCAACGUCACGUGGAUGCCGCCGGCGAUCUUCAAGAGCUCCUGCAAGAUAGACGUGACCUACUUCCCGUUCGACUACCAGAAUUGCACCAUGAAGUUCGGUUCCUGGUCCUACGACAAAGCGGAGAUCGACUUGGUCCUCGUGGGCUCCACGAUGAACCUGAAGGACUACUGGGAGAGCGGCGAGUGGGCCAUCAUCAACGCCCCCGGUUACAAACACGACAUCAAGUACAACUGCUGCGAGGCCGUCUACACCGAUAUCACCUAUUCGCUUUACAUUCGGCGGUUGCCCUUGUUUUACACUAUCAAUAUGAUUAUUCCGUGUCUCCUGAUUUCCUUUCUAACCGUGUUGGUCUUCUACCUGCCUUCCGACUGCGGGGAGAAAGUCACCUUGUGCAUUUCGGUCCUCCUGUCGUUGACCGUCUUCCUCCUGGUGAUAACGGAGACCAUCCCGUCCACGUCGCUGGUGAUACCUCUGAUCGGGGAAUACCUCCUCUUCACCAUGAUAUUUGUAACCCUCUCGAUCGUCAUCACCGUCUUCGUCCUGAACGUGCACUACCGGACUCCGAGGACGCACACGAUGCCCAAAUGGGUGAAGGCCAUUUUCCUCCACUUCCUCCCCAGGAUCAUGUUCAUGACCAGGCCGGCCGGCGAGGACGACGACAGCCCGAAGCCAAAGGCCUCGAAUGGCACCGAGCUCUCCCAGUUGAACUCCGCCAGCCUCCCCGAAGCGAAGUGCCGCAGAGAGGGCUACCUGCCCCGGGAGGCGGCCUGCUGCUGCUGCCAGACCCAGGACGUGAAAUUUGUGAAAGCGAGCAGCAACCUGACUCGAAGCUCCAGCUCCGAAUCCGUGGAUGUCCUGUUUCCGUUCUCGGUCCUGUCGCCAGAGAUGCGGGAGGCGAUCGAGAGCGUCAAGUACAUUGCGGAAAACAUGAGGCUGCAGAACGAAGCCAAAGAGACUCAAGAUGAUUGGAAAUACGUCGCCAUGGUUAUCGACCGCAUUUUCCUGUGGGUAUUUAUUCUGGUGUGCAUUCUGGGGACGGCCGGAUUGUUCCUGCAACCGUUGAUGAUGACAGAUGAGGUGUACACGAAACCGACCCUGUAACAAACACCAGCACCCAAGCAAUCUCUCGUUUGCUGUCCAACUUCUUACCAAUUGUCUUUUACGCUGCAGUAACUGUUUUCUGUGUCUGUGAAUCGCGACAGAUGUCCUCAACGUUAACCAGGCUAGAGAGUCGGCCGCCCGUGUCAGUGUGAAAAAGUCGAUGUUAUUUCCGAAUCCUUCUGAGACACUGAAGAACGCCUUUUUUAAAAAAAAAAAAGAAAGAAAAAGUCUUCCAGACUUCUCUGGGUUUGUUUUUUUUCCUUUGAGGGAAUUUAAAAUGCAUUUUAAGGUUUUUAAUAAAUGGAUACCAGAGCCUCAAAGCAACACGAAUUUU